ACAAACAAACCAUAAUCAAUAACCUUGAUAUUUGGAUUUUGGAGGAUAGCAGCACCAUAACAUGUGUGCAAAUUCCGUUAAACGGUCACCUCUCCCGCCCUCCCCAAAUAACAAUCUAAUCCUAUUCCUAAUUCAUAAGAUUAGAUGCAAUCCCCAGCCACAAGAACACCAAAGCUGUUCCGCACAAUCACUACAGCAACAGUCACCACUUCACUCCAUAACCCACCCAACUCCACCACCACAGGCAAUAGAGAAGCAGAGCAGAGCUGCUUGGCCUUCCUUCACUCCUGCAAUACACUCCCAAAGCUUUUCCAGACCCACACCUACAUUCUCAAAUUGGGUCUCCAAAACAACCCUCUAGUCCUCACCAAGUUCGCCUCCACAUCCUCUGAUCUUGAAGCCAUUGACUAUGCCUCAUCCUUUAUAUUCUCACCUCGUUCUGAUACCCGGCUUUACGAUACGUUUCUCUUCAAUACCGUCGUUAGAGCUUAUGCUCAAACUACUCAUUCACGGGACAGAGCUUUGUGUUUUUACCGUGUCAUGCUUGGUUAUGGAGUUUUGCCUAACAAGUUCACGUACCCAUUUGUACUCAAGGCCUGUGCUGGCCUUGGGAGCUUGAAUUUAGGUAAAUCAGUUCAUGGGUCUGUUGUGAAAUUUGGAUUUGAUGAUGAUGUUCAUGUUCAGAAUACUAUGGUUCACAUGUACUGUUGUUGCAAUGGUGGCAUUAAUUAUGCUCGGAAGGUGUUUGAUGAAAUGCCAAAAUUAGACUCUGUUUCUUGGAGUGCGAUGAUUGGAGGGUAUGUCCGAUUGGGGUGGUCCUCAGAUGCGAUUGGUUUGUUUAGGAAAAUGCAGAUGGUGGGAGUUCGCCCAGAUGAGAUCACGAUGGUGUUGGUGCUCUCUGCGUGUACAGAUUUAGGUGCAUUUGAGCUUGGGAAGUGGGUGGAGUCAUAUAUUGAAAAAGAAGGGGUUCAAAAGAAUGUGGAGCUUUGUAAUGCACUCAUUGACAUGUUUGCGAAGUGCGGUGAUGUGGAUAAAGCUCUGAAAUUGUUCAGAGACAUGAGUGGGAGAACAAUUGUUACUUGGACUUCUGUGAUUGUUGGUCUGGCGAUGCAUGGUCGUGGUCUAGAAGCCAUUUCCUUAUUUGAAGAGAUGAUAGGAACUGGGAUGGCUCCUGAUGAUGUGGCCUUUAUUGGGUUGCUUUCUGCUUGUAGUCACUCUGGAUUAGUUGAAAAUGGCAGAAAAUAUUUUGACUUGAUGAUCAAAAGAUUUAAAACUGUACCUAAGAUAGAACACUAUGGAUGUAUGGUGGAUAUGUUUUGCAGGGCUGGACUUGUCAAAGAGGCACUGGAGUUUGUUCAAAAUAUGCACAUUGAGCCAAAUCCAAUAGUUUUGCGAACCUUAAUAAGUGCUUGUCGUGCUCAUGGUGAGCUUAAGCUUGGAGCGAGCAUUACUAAAAAGCUAAUCAGAAAUGAGCCUAUGCAUGAAUCGAAUUAUGUAUUACUUUCCAACAUUUAUGCAAAAAUGUCCCAUUGGGAGAAGAAAACCAAAAUUAGAGAGUUAAUGGACAAGAGGGGGAUGAAAAAGAUCCCUGGGAGCACUAUGAUUGAGCUAGAUAACAAAAUUUAUGAAUUUGUAGCUGGAGAUAAAUCGCAUGGUCAGUCCAAGGAAAUUUAUGAGAUGGUGGAUGAAAUGGGGAGGGAGUUGAAGAGGGCUGGAUAUGCUCCUACUACAUCAGAGGUAUUACAAGAUAUUGAUGAAGAAGAUAAGGAAGAUGCUUUAAAUAGGCACAGUGAAAAGCUGGCUAUUGCAUUUGCCCUUCUCAACACACCACCAGGAACUCCUAUUCGGAUAGUGAAGAAUUUACGAGUCUGUAGUGAUUGUCAUUCUGCUACUAAAUUUAUCUCUAAGAUUUAUAAUCGAGAAAUAGUCGUUAGGGACCGGAACCGGUUUCACUAUUUCAAGGAAGGGUCGUGCUCAUGUGGAGAUUUCUGGUGAAAACUACCUAUAAUAUUAUGAUUAUCAACUUUUGAAAUGGAAACCAUUGUUGGGUUGGCUGAUGGGCUGUCCUGACUCUCUGAAAAUUAUAGAGCAAUAGAUCAUGCUCAAAUUUUGUCAUGAUCAUUUAGUAAAUCACCAAACUGGUGCAAAGUUUGAUCCAGCUAGAAAUUGUAACAAAUCAUUUAACUGGACAGAUAUAUACCCCAAAGUUUAACUCAACCUCAAGAUAGUAGCUGAAAGAUCAUCUUUCGGAGGAAUAUCUGAUUCAAUAUAUAUAGUGUGCAAUUUAAGGUGGGCAUUUGGCCUAAAUUCAUCAUUUUAUACCCAGCUAUGCUUCCACCGUGACUUAUCCUUUGUAUGGAGGUCUGGUGUUGGUAAAACAGUCCUCAGUAUCCGUAUGGCUUUGUCAAAAUAAGAUCAAACUUGCUAAUCUUAUCUUACUAUAUAUAAAAGGCGGGAGUUUGGGCAUUUGUUAAUGAUGUAAUAAAACGAUUUUGGAAAGCUUAAUGGACAGGCUGAAAGUUUUUUGUGUUGUGGAGAUUGAGAGUUAAGCAGGGGAUUUUUGUCUUUCCACAUAUAUUAUGUAUUGCAUUGUGCCUUGUGCGGGUUUUAUGCUACAGACAGGUUGAGCUGCAGAGGGCCGGAGGUGCUGAGACUUGAGAGAGAGAAAAAGGACUGAGAGGAUGAGAAGAAAUCAUGCACCUUCUCCUGAUCUGUCUAGGAGAGCAAGAGAAGGACAGUGAGUUGGUGAGGCAGAGGAUUGAAAUGAUGGGAGCAGAGAGUGCAAGAUGGGUUUCUACCUACUUGUUAUGGGGUUGUUUGUGGUUUUUUCGACAUUGAGAGAGUGAAAGUGGGAGCAGAUGAUAAAAGAGGAUUUCUGUGGUUCAUUGGUAUUUUGGCUCAGCACAACAGGUAAUCUUCUCCCUCUAUUUUUUUUUCUUCCUAAUUUGUUUCAUCCCUUACAAGAUUUCAACUCCGGUUAGGUUGUUUUUCUUUCCUUUCAGUGUUUUGGCUCAACACAAAGCAUGUACUAUCUCUCUCUCUCUAUGUAAUCCCUUACAAAAUUUUAGCUGAUUUAGAUUGCUUUUCUUUCCUUUAAACCUUUUUUUUCCCCUUUUAUUGUGAUUUAGAUUUGUUCCUCGUUGUAAUAUAGAUUUUUUGGGUGGUGAAUUUUGAUUGGUGUUUGAGAUUUUGCAUAGUGGGAUGUGAUGAUGGACAGAUGGAGUUUUGUAUUGGUCUGCUCAGUGUUGAAAAUAGUGCCUCUCCUCAGUCUUCUGUCAAAUAAUUUGUUUUAGUCAAAUAUAAAUCAUGUUUGGUUGUUGAAAAUCUGAUGUUUUAGUUUCUUUACAUCAUUUCCUCUUAUCACUUCAGUGCUGUGUUUGGAUUAGUAUUUUUUUUUUUUCUUUACAUCAUAUCUUACCAUAGAGACCAAGCUGUUUGAAUCAGGUUUUAGCCAAUCCGUUACAGCUCUUUAAAAAAUUCUAUACGCUUUGCUUCAGCCCUUUCUUACAGUAGCCAAAAAUCCUAGUGUUCCAAGACUUUGGUCAGUAUUUUUUAUUUUUUAUUAAUGUUUGUGUGAGAAUUUACUAAGACAAGUUUUUUGAGCAAUUACUUCAAAUUUUUUAAAAAAUAAAACCUUAGGAGCACAGGGCUAUUUCUCAACUCUCAAAAUCUUACUAUUAAAAGCAUGGAUAGUGCAUACACCCAAAUUACAAGAUGUGGAAGUACAAUUUUCUCUGUAAAAACAACACGCCAAACCUUAAUCUCCCAUUAAAAAACCGUAACAAUUUUAUUUUGGGUCGGGUCAUAAUCUGGAUCAAACACAACUAAGCUCCACAAAGCCCAACAUAGUGCUUGUUGUCUCAGAUUUGUUAACCUGUUUGACUUCUGUGAGUGAGUGUACGACAUUUGAUCUUGAUUUUAAGAUUCUGUUUGCACCUAUGCGUUAGUAAAUUUGUUUGGUAAUUGAAUGGCCUUGAAUGAGGGACUUAUGGUGUGAGAGGUGUUGGUUAGAUGUCUUUGUGAUUGGGUUGUAAAGGCCGGCCAUUGAGUUAAUGUUAUGAGCAUUUUUACCUGAAAGUUGUUGAUUAGAUCUCAGAAAACAUUACGAGCAUUUUUACAGGGCUUGUGCACAAACUGAUCGACACUUCUUUUUAUAUAUAAUUUCUAAUGAGAACCUCAAUUUUUUCUUUUCAUAUCAAUUUAAAUUUUAUUUCACAAAAAAAAAAAAAAAAAAGUGAUUCAUUUAAAUAAACAAUAAAUAAUAAUCACUCAUAAUGUUUGUUAUCUUGUAGUUUCUUCAACAUUUGGAUGUGAUCAAAUUGGAGUAAUUUCAAAUUCCCUAGAAGCAAGCAAGUACCAAUGUACCAUUUGGAUUUUAAAACAUUUAAGAAUCGUGGUUUUUUUUUUUUUUUAAUUUUUUUUAAUUUUAUUUAUCUAUAUAUAUAUACACUAUCCGUAUGUAUAUCUAUAGAAUGAUUUCUAAGAUUGCUUGUUCAAUUUUUCUUGCAUAAUAUAUACUUUAGGCAUAUCUUUCUUGUCUAUUUCUGCCAUUUUCUCCUUUACGGAACAAUAUUUUAUUUUCACUGAUGUAUGUGUAUAUCUCAAUGGUUCUUUCUUACUCUUAAUUUGGUUGCUAUGGUCUACAUAUAUAUAUAUAUAUAUCCAUGUCGCUAGCAACAGUGGUAGCAUCUUCAGAUUCAAUUAAGCUUAGAGAUCUUGUAUUUGCCCUCUAUUAUAUAAUGUGGGAACUGUAGAUUUCUGGUUGUAUCUGUAAAUUGAAGCACACCAACAUCGUAAAGCGAUUGCAAUAAUACUGAAGUUACUUAAAGGUGUGUACUUAGUGGUGCCUUUGUGCUUUAUGUCUCUGUGAUUAGAUACUUUAUUCUCUUCUAUUUAAGAGAUAAUAUGGAUUGAACUAUUGGACUUAACAAAAAGUUUGGAAAGCAGAUGCUUGUUAAUUUAUUCUGUGCAGAUCUUUGCAUUGUUGGUACUGCAUGUACACAAAUAUGUGGAUUUUUGGGUUCUCUUUUAUCUUUAUAUGCCACCAAGCGUGGAUCUAUAGCUAUUGAAAGUCGGCAUAGAACCUUUAUUACUGCUUCAUGAAUGGGUAAUCUCGGUCAUUGGAAAGUUUAUUUUGCCAUUUUCUGUAACUUUUGUUUUGGGGUCCCCAGUAGUUGCUCUUAGGAGCAGACAUUGAUCCGUCACUUGUACAAGAAGCAUUCUUCGGCAAUGUUCUCAGUGCUAAUUUAGGACAGGCUCCCAUCAAACAAGCUGCAUUGGUUGCAGGAAGACCUAAUUUUGUGGUCUCUACCACUUUUUAUAUAGUUUGUGCAUCAGGGAUGAAAGGUGGACACCCUAUCAUUUUUAAUGAAAUCUAAUGUACUGAAAGCUAAAAUAUGUUUUUUUUCUUAUUCAAUGUAAUGAUUUGUUGUGAACUAGAAAUAAAAGAUAAUGUAGUCAAUUCGAGUUAUCCAAUCUCUUGAACUUGAGAGAGGAAA